AUGGCCACCCCCCUCCCCUACACCGCCCCCGACGAGCCCUCCCAAAUCGACGCCCUCAUCGCCGACCGUUCAAUCCGCAACUUCGCCAUGCCCCACGAUCCCCGCUUCCCCGCCUACGGCAUAAUCCAGUCCUACAUGGACGGCACCACCACCCUUUCCGCCAACGUCUCCUCCCUCGCCUCCCCUGUCGACCACGCCUACAGGCACCCCCUGCCCCCCGCCCAGCGCGCCGCCGGCACCUCCCUCUCCCUCUUCGACCCCUGCGCUCCCCGACCGCCCACUCCGCCUCGUCGCCCUCGUCGCCCUCGUCGCCGCCCUGAAAGCCCGCCCGGACCCCGCGCCCGCCUCCAUGCCAUCGGCGCAGCUCCGCGCGCUGUGCUGGGUCUGGGAGCCUGGCGUCGUGUGGAGCGUGCUGCACCUGCUGGGCGCGGCGUUCGUCGAGUCGUACAGCGCGCCGGCCAUCUACGCGCGGGGGGACGCGGCGAAGCUCAGCGCGCCGCAGAUGCACGCGUGGACGAACGUGUGCGGAUGAUUUUGGCGGGCGGGGUGUUUUCGCAGAGGAGGGUGGGCGGGUGGAGAGACGUAGGGCAGGUGGAAGGGGGUGGGGUGUUUGGGCAGGUUGGGGAGAGGGGGGAUGUGGCGGCGGAGACGAGGGAGAUGGCGAGGGAGGCGUCUGAGAGGAUGAAAGAGCUGGAUAAAGGGAGGGGGUGA